AUGUCUACCGGUCCGAAGAUUGUUCACAAGCAGUUCAACUCUCCCAUCGGCCUGUACUCCCAACAGAAUAUCCAGGAGACCCUCAAUAAGCAUCUGCAGAAUCUCGACAAUGGCACCGUCGGCAUUGACUUCCAAAAUCCAGUAACCGACAAACCAGCCAAUCUAGCCAACUCAGCCGUUCUGCGAAUGCUUGAAGAAGAGGAACGCAAUCGUAAAGGCCUACCAAAAUUAGAUCAAACUCAAGUCCAGGCGAUUUUGGAUAACCUUGUCCACGCUCGGAGACGAUUUGACAAACUUUGGCCACCUGAAAAACCCGAUUCGACUCGAGGUUGGAACGGUCAAGUCAAUGCUACGUCAUAUAUUUAUUCUGAACUAAUGAAGGCUACUAAAGGCGAGCUCCAUGAAUCAACAUCUAAUAUUAGUGCGCUGAAAAGAUGCAACAGAGACCGAGUAUCGGAUUCAACGAGAACAUUCACAGACCAAAAAUAUUUAAAAUCUUCAACAAUGUUAUCACUAUCUGUUGAUAUUGAAAUUAAUGUACAGAUGUUUAACGACUUACCACUUGGUCAAAAGAAGGUAGUUUGGCCUCCAGUGCCCGAAACUAACGGUUAUCAUCAACCACAGCAGCAGAGUCCCGCAUACUACAACAACGCACAGACCCCCAAUCAGCAAUAUUCCCCACAACCUCCAGUUCAACAACCCGUGAACCGUCAGGCCCCACAAUCCCAAUUCUCCCCAUCCAGUUACCCUUCAUACCAAGCACAGGGUCAGCCAGCGUAUUGCGACGGGAAACGCCAAGAAGCAACAGGUCUAAGUAAACUGAUCCCUGUGGGGCCUGGUGUCACAGCCUCCCCUGUUUCCCCUUACCGCCAAGGUCCUCUCUCACCAAGUGCCCAGCCCUACAAACAACAACCCAGUCGCUGGGCCCCAGUACCAGCCCCGGUCUCUCCCCAGCCACAAUACGGAUCACAGCCACAAUACUCGCCGCAGCCACAAUACUCUGAACCAGUGUACCAGCCACCUCAAAGACAAUUUGAACCUCCACCGACAACCAUAACCCUUCGUCAACAACCACCGGUUCACCAGCAACCUCCUCCAGUCUUUGCCAGCCAACCAGCAACAGCGUCGCUUAAAGGAGGCGUAAACAUGCGUGGAGAUCAGAAAUGGCCGCCGCAGUCGGUGAAGGAUGCAGUUGAUGCUGAGAAUGAGGCCAGAAGACAACUGGCCAAAGGACCAGCUUGCAGACCACGCAAGGUUAAAAAGGACUACACGGAAUUCUUUUCGCAGCACGCCCUGAAUCACAGUUACACAAGUUACCGCGUCCCACCCGGCACGCAACACUUUGAACCCCUCUCGGGCCGAUCAUCAUAUUAA